GAGACCACAGCCAGGUCAACCAGUGAUCGGGGCAAGAUGGCAUCACAUGUGAAGGAGCUGGAAGAUGGGCAUGCCCGUCUCAAGCAUGACAACCAAGCUCUGGAAGAUCGCAUAGGUGACGUGGAGGUGAAGCUGAACAACCAGCUGGAACUUCAGAGGAAUUCCGAGGAAGAGUGCGUCUAUGAGUGCGUCACGGAAGGAGAUGCCCACAAGGACGCACUGAGGCAGCAGAUAGACGAGCUCACCGCGGAGGCUGUGGAGGAGAGGUUGCAGGCAGAGUUGGAAGAGCUUCAGAACCAGUGUGAAGGCUGCAAGACCUCGGCCUCCCAUAAGGGCCAGCUCACCGCGGAGAAAUAGCGCUCAGAGCCUGGCUCUGACUGGCGCAAGUUAUAGCACCAGCUGCAAGUUAUCGUACCUGCUUUUCUUUUCAUUGAGUCCACAUAACGAGGACUGCGCAAAGAAGCUCCUAGCCGCUUUUGCCUCCAUUAAUUGUGAAACGAAUAUGAAGUCUGUCAAUGAAGAAAUCAAAUCUAGCUUUGAGAGAAGAGGCUGCCAUGUGGAAAGAGAAAUUCCUCAACCAGCAAUCUCUUCGUAAGCGAAGAGAGCCACUGUA